AUGGGCAUGACUGUACGGUACAAAAACCCGGUGGCCAAUUGCAAUCGACACUUCAAAACGAUCGUGAAGCUGGAGAACGGGAAAAUGUGGGUGGACCCGAAUCGGACGGCCGAUGUGCGAUGUCGAGCAAGAUGCUAUAAAUACAUUCAUCCACUCAAAGCCGAACCUCUCGAAUGGUUUGCCGUUGAGGGCACGGUUACGGUAGAUUGCGACUUUGUGAAGAGCGAAUGUUUCAAGAAGGGCGGUACGGGCGAGGCGAGCGUCGAGCACUGGAUGCACGCGCAAAUCGUCGAGAAUAAUAGAAGCACGGUCCCCCAGAAAAAGCCAUCCGUCAAAAGCGCCCGUCCAGAUGUGUUCAUGUUCGUCUUCGACUCCGUAUCAUCUACGCAAGCCAGGCGUUCUCUGCCGAGAUCGCUGAGUUUUCUGGAGACGAAAUUCGGCGGUCGUCAUUUUCACCAUCUGAACAAAGUGGGCGACAACACGAGACCAAAUGCAUAUGCGAUGUUUCUCGGCUGGCGAAUCUACGCGAUUCGGCGAGAUUCGGUGGGCGGGGUGAAUGCGGACUCGGACCAUCCGGACGUAUGCAAAUAUGCCAGGGACAACGAUUCGGUCAUUUUUCGGGAAUACGAGAAAAUUGGCUACAAAACGAUGUACAGUGAGGACUACGGUAGCGGGACCGCAUUCUCCUGGAAUUGCAAAGGGUUCAAGAAUCCGGAAGCUAAUCAUCUUUUUCGGCCCCUCCGUUCGACGUGGAGUGAUGACAAGACGCUGAAGCAGUAUAUGAAUAAUCAGAAUUGUUUCGAAUGGCACACCGCGCAGCUCGACUACUUUGGAAAAUUCCUCAGGGCCUAUAAUGGCACCCCAAAAUUCGUGAUCAACUGGUCCACCGCACCCUGUCACGAUGAUCCGAAUUUGUUGUACCAUGCUGAUGAGGAUUUCUAUAAUUUCCUCGAGAAACAUGAGAAACGGCUGCAGAACGCGUUUAUCUUCUUCAUGGGCGACCACGGUCCACGGUAUGGCGUGGUGGCCCGGGCGGAAAUGGGAAAGCGCGAGAUCAACAACCCGUUGCUGCACAUAUCGGUACCUCAUUGGCUACGUAACAAUACACAGUUAACCAAAAACAUGGAGGAAAAUUCGCAGCGCAUGAUUCUACAGUAUGACAUCUACGAGACGCUGAAGGAUAUAUUGCGGUACGCUCCGGAAAGCAACUUCACCGACUUCGCGUACGUCGAACGGGAAAAGGACAACGACAAUAAUGGAACGUCAUUAUUGCGUCCAUUCCCGGAACCGCUGCGCCACCGUAAUUGCCGGAAUAUCGCCGUCCACACCGCGUACUGUAUGUGCGAGUUCGACAAAGAGCUCGUUUACAAUGUAACAUUGAUCAAAGACGCGAAAAUGGUCGUCAUCCAGGAAAUUAACGCCAUUUUCCGCCAAUUCAACGUCACCAACCUUUGCGCCAAUCACGAAUUGGACCAGAUAAUCUCCAUAAAGGGCUUCAUCCCGACAAAACGGACUCGAAUGUUCGAAGUAUUCUUCCGGUCGACCCUUGGCAAAGGCGAAUUCACCGUGGUGCUAAAGCUGGACGAUUCGGGUCGAUUGGUGCGUGCCGGAGAGUUCCUCCGGCUGAAUAAUGCGCCGUCUGAAAUCGAGCCGACACGUCGAUCCAUUCCACAACAGUCGCCAGUUCCGUCGCCCGACUCCGAAGAACCAGGUGACUUCGUCUGCUGCACCGUCAAGCAUUGCCUUUCCGGAUCGUUCAAGUGCGAGAAGAAGCGGAACUGGGAGGAAGCCCAGGAAAUCAGCCGGGCCCAGGGCGGCUUGAAAGAGCCAAAAGAUGAACCCUUUGAUGAAGCUAACAUCAUUAUGGCAGAAACGACGGCUGGCGGUGGUCUGGAAGAUGUCAAACCAGAACCAUUGGGUCUGGAUGCAUUGCCUGCACCGGCGCCGGAGAACGAUGAGAGCGUGUAUCGUGUUAACGCGAGGCAUCCGCUUUCGUAUGAGCCAUCGCCUGACUUGCCUCCAAAUGAUAUAACCUACGCGAUGACGAGAAUCUGUCGAGGCUGCGAUUUGCCCCUAUCGCAAAAGGAAUUCUCCGCACACUUUUUGCUGAUCUCGCAGGGCGUCAAGUGCCCGGAGGCCAAAUGCAACGACUUGCUCAUCAACUGCCCGUAUCCGGAUGUAGUCAUCAUAAGAGCCGAAUCUGGAAAAUAUGCCGGCGAAGGAGGGCUGCUGCAACAAAUUCUCGAAUUGGACGCGUUGAAAAUCGGACGCAUCAUCCACAAAGGCGGGAUUGUCGCGCCGGAUUUCGAUCCGACUUCGUACAAACUACCGCCUCUGAAGGUGUUCGAGCUUCUCCGAAUGCCGGAACACGUCGGGCCAUCCCACAUCCGGAACCAAUGCGCAGAAUGGGUCGUAAAUCGCAAGAAUCAACCAGUGAUGAACUAUCGGGCGCUGAUGCCGGUUGAUAAUAAAAGAGCCCCGGUCCUGGUCGACAGGGGCUACCAUCGAAAGAACAAGGAGCCGUUCGUCAUCAGCAAAUUCUUGCGCCGCCAGCUGAAAGCCCGAAAAACCGUGAACACGAUCCGAAUCAUGGCGAAGGAGGCCACGCUCGAGCGGCUGCUGAAGUACCCCGACGAGGACCUGCACCGAUUCUCGCAGCUGAUCAACAAGUGCUACUUAGCGUGGAGUGCCGUGCAUCAACGGGCGAUGAGCAAGCAUCCGCUGUCGAAAAGAUCGACGCUCACUGGGCUAAGUCAGAUGCCAGAGCCGCGGUUCGACAGAGGGCUGCUGGAGAUGUUAGUCGACGACGAGGACGAUGACGUUCCAACGUACUCCGAGGCCGACCCCUGGACACCGCCCCCAGUAUCGAUGCGGAAAGAAGUUGUCGAAAUCCGCGUCAAGCAGGAGCCGAUGUCUGCAGAGGAUGAA